UGCGCGUGCUGCGCUUCUGCUGCGCUCAAUCAACUGGCGCUGUGACAGUGUUACAUUGUUGCAUGCCAUUGUGAUUUCAUUAAGGAAACUACUGACGUUGUAUGCGUUUGAACAUUAAGAAGGCGCGCUUGUUUCUAUCUGAACAUCUUCGGAUCUUACCUUGGAUGUAAUAUACAGAUCAAUAGCGGAUCAUUGGAAAUGCCAAAGAAGAUGAUUGUUAGCUGUUGGAUGGGUUGCCUGUUUUUGUUGGCAUCUGUCACAGAGCUCAUUGUUCUAGCCAGCCCUGAGGUGAAUGAAAGCCAGCAACAACAUCCUCAAAAUGUGUACCAUGAUAUUGGCGUUACCAGAAACAAGAUUGUGACUGCACAGUUCGAGUGCUAUCAAAAGAUCUUGAAGGACAACAAUCAAGAAAGAAGAGUUGGCCCAGUGUGCAACAGGACAUGGGAUGGAUGGUUAUGUUGGGAUGACACUAAUGCAGGCAUCACUUCUGAGCAACACUGCCCCGACUAUUUCCAGGACUUUGACCCCACAGAAAUGGUCACCAAAAUAUGUACAGAAAGUGGGCAGUGGUUCUUGCAUCCCGAGAGCAACCGAACAUGGACAAAUUUCACCAGAUGUAAUUUGCACACUACCGAAGGAAGAAGGACCGCAAUGAACUUGUUCUACUUGGCGUUAAUAGGUCAUGGACUCUCCUUAACGUCUUUGUUUAUCUCACUUGGCAUAUUCUUCCAUUUUAAGAGUUUGAGCUGCCAAAGAAUAACCCUGCACAAAAACUUGUUUUUUUCCUUCGUAUUAAACUCUGUCAUCACUAUAAUUUGGUUAACCGCAGUGGCAAACAACCAGGAGUUAGUGCAGCAAAAUCCAAUCAGUUGCAAAGUGUCGCAGUUUAUCCAUCUGUACAUCUUUGGAUGCAACUACUUCUGGAUGUUGUGUGAAGGAAUUUACUUGCACACACUCAUUGUGGUGGCUGUGUUUGCUGAAAAACAGCAUUUAAUGUGGUACUACCUACUAGGAUGGGGUUUCCCACUUAUACCAGCUACAAUACAUGCUGUAGCCAGAAGUUAUUACUACAAUGAUAAUUGUUGGAUCAGCUCAAAUACUUCUCUGCUAUACAUUAUUCAUGGCCCUAUCUGCGCCGCUCUGUUGGUGAACUUGUUCUUUCUGUUGAACAUUGUACGAGUCCUCAUCACCAAACUGAAAGUGACACAUCAGGCUGAAUCUAGUCUAUACAUGAAAGCUGUCCGAGCCACCCUGAUUCUGGUUCCACUACUGGGCAUCCAGUAUGUUCUCCUCCCUUACAAACCUGGGGGGCGUGUUUCCGCUGAAAUCUACGACUACAUCAUGCAUAUCAUAAUGCAUUAUCAGGGACUGUUGGUGGCCACAAUCUUCUGCUUUUUCAAUGGAGAGGUACAAGCGGUUUUGAGAAGACACUGGAACCAGUACCGCAUCCAGUUUGGAAGCACCAUCACACACUCUGAUGCUUUGAGGUCUGCCUCGUACACUGCUUCCUCCAUAACGGAAGUCCAGGGCUGUUACAGCUUUGACGGCCACACAGAACACUUGAAUGGCAAGAGCUGCCAUGACAUUGACAACACCAUCUUAAAACCAGAGCACCCCUUCGCCUGAUGCCACACAGUGUGGCAGUGCACCGUUUCAAAAUACUGCUGAUUAACAUGACAGCUGUUACAUGGCUGAAUUGGACCUUUUUCUCAUAUUUCACUGCUUGUGCUCUCUGAAGGGUGAAGGAGAAAAGUCAUUUCUCCUAGUAUUUACACUGAAAAACAUUUCGCUACCUUCUGUGUUGUUAAAUUGACAAAUGCAAGCAUUAUUGGUCUUGUCUUUGUACAAUAGUGUAUUUUAGUUUGCUUUACCGCUCAGUGGAAUAACGUGUAAAUAUGUUGCAUUUUUUCGGAUAUCAUUUGUAAUGCACUUCUUUGUCUUAUAGGAACAGCCAUCUGAUGAAACAAUUCUGUUUAAUUAUAAAUCUAACCCAAACAAAGACCACACAAAUCUGUAUUUUUACUACAGAAGGAAAGGAAAAAUGCAAAUGAAAAAAGUCCCAAAAUACAACCAGUGCCCCUUUGUCUUUUAUAAUAAUGAUUUGGUAAACUUAAUUUUAACUGUAUUAUAGUCAAAGGUUGUCUUUGUUAUCUUCCAAAAGAACUGAACUAAAACUUCGUAAGACAUCAGUGUGAUACUAUUUUGUUACACAACUUUGGUCUUUAAUUGCUACAUAUUGAAAGGAAUCUUGGUAUGGAUUGGAUAUUUCUGUAUAACGGUAAAGUGUGCAUUUUUUAUGCCCACUUUAAAAAAAUACAUUUUACUAUCCCAGCUUAAUAUGCAGAGACAGUUAUAAGUAAGCCAUUUGUUGGUUGAUUUCACUGAAAAGUAUAAACAUGGUGGCUCUGUAGCGUAUUAGAGUGUGUAGAGUAUUACGACUAGGGGUGUGUUUCCCAAAAGCAACGUUAGCCAACUAUGGUCGCAAGUUCCAUCAUUACCAACAUAGUUCAACGAUUUGGUGUUUCCCGAAACCAUAGUUCAAACGAACAUCCGCAAAGAGCAUUGCAAAGUUGUGUGCUUAGAACUACAGCUCUUUACCUGUGGUUGGAAGUAUAGUUUCUUGUUAGUUUACUGUGUGGACAUAAUUUCACUUCGCCGAGGCUUCUAUAUCUUUUAUUCCAUGUAUAUAUUUCAUUCUGACAGCACUUUGACCACGUUUAUAUGCACUUAAGAAAACUGCUUAUUCCUGGGUUUUGCAGGAAGCGGUGUUCUGAAACAUCACGUAGACAUGAAUGCUGCCAUUUAAGGGAAUCACGGCUGUGACUUCUGUCAGAGGAUGCGGUUUAUAUGUCCAUGUUAAAGCAUAAGUGCAGUUCUUACAUGUUUUUGAAGAGAGUGUAUGUGCUCAAGUGCAUCGGAGAACACUGAAGUCCGAUGUAAAGGGAAACCGCAGAUUUCGUGUCUUCAGCAGCUUUCACACAUUAAACAGCUUUCUGGAGUACAUGUAAAUGUACGCUGAAGUUCAUACCUCCCUGCAUAACGUCAUUAACGACAGCUCUAUAUUGUUGAACCAAUGUGGUUCGAACGAUGGAUGUGCGACAGUCACUACGGUUUCGGGAAACAGUAGUCACUAGCUAGUUAAUUUUUCUAACGAUACAUUGUACUAUGGUGGUUAAGCAGUGAGUUAUGUCGUUGUACGGGAAACACACACCGGCCCGACAUAAAAACAAUGGUUCAACCAAUGGCAUGAGUUUGAGGCGGAACCAUUUGGCCAACCAAUGGAAGAUGGGGGAGGGUUCGGGAAACCUGUUUAAAAGCGGUCAUUAUUUUUGCAACUCCAUUUGGUGAUGCUAGUGGCACAGAAAGUACACACUUCACCUUUAUGUAUAUUUCAGCAUAUUAAUGUUAUCUGACAACACAAAUCACAAAUAUUCUGAAUCCUCAAUUACUCAAGGACACUUGCUUGAGGGACCCUAAAAAUGGGAUUUGACCAUAAUUUGUGUAACAGUUGUAGGUUUUGUGACAACUUAAUGUGAAAGCCUAACAGCAUGAUAACAUGCGUAUCACUUUAUUUAAGAUAUAUUUCUCAACAUAUUCUAAUUUAUAUGCUUAUUUUUUCACUUUUAAAAAAUCUGUGCUUAUAAUGGUCCUCAUCUUAUUUAAUUUUAUUUUUCAUUAAAUAAGGUACAAUAUUUCACUACCUAGAGUAUAUUACUCGACAGCCUUUUUUUAUAAACACCCUUGGAGUAUGCAAAAUAUUAUAAUUUUUUUUUUUUUUUUCUGUCAGAGACAUGGAUUCAUAUGUGUCAAAAUAAAAAAUGCCUGAUAUUUGCCCCUGGCUUUUAAAGAUGCAUUAAUGUAAUUCAACUUGUAACCCAUACUGCCUAUAUUACUAACAUUCCACAUGAUUUGAAUAUUGCGCCCAGUGUUUAUUUCCUUUGAUGUCACAAUGUUGUGCUUACCUAAUUUCACUUUGAUUCAGACUGAUUCUCCAACAAUGUGCAUGUUUUCAUUCUGCUUAAAGGGAUAGUUCCCUCAAAACUUAAAAUUCUGUCAUCAUUUAUUCAUCCUUAUGUCAUUUCAAACCAAUAUGACUUUCUUUCCUCCGAGGAUCAAAAAAGAUGAAUUUUUCAAGAAUAUCCUGGCCACUCUUUUCCAUAUAAUGUAUCUGAAUGAGUACCAUUUUACAAGUCUUCUACUUCUUGAGUUAAUAUGAUAGCUUUGUGGAGCAACAUGAGGGUGAGUAAAUAAUGACAUUAUUUAAUCAUUUAAUGGGUGAACUAUUCCUUUAUAUUAUCGUUUGAUCAGGUUACCCCAGGCUUAAUGAUAUUCAACCCUAAUUAGAAUACUUUUCUUAAAUGUCAGAUCUCUUUUAAUUGUGUGUCAUUCACUGUUUGUUCAGUGCUUCUAAAUGUAUUUUGUUUUGAUGUGUGUGUGAUCAUUUGUAUGUUUUGGGGAAAACAAAAGGCUCACUGCAGGACAGUUUCAUUUGUGUCAGAGUGUGUUUUUGGAUUUGGUGUUUAAGAUUGCAUUUUGUGCAAGAAAUGAUGCUUUUUAAACCAGUCUCAUAAUUUUAGAGUUGUAAUGUGUAUAUUCUGCAUUUUAACCAACCACUUCUAAUGUUCUUUUCUGUAUGAAUGCAAUUUGUGAUUUGUUCUCCUGAGAUAUAUUCGUGUUACAUUUAUUUCAUAAAAUGUGGGCAGUGUUGCA